CGAUGUUUGAAUAUUAUUUAAACACUUCCUACGCUACUAUAGGAGCAUAUUGGACAUUUGUUGUCAAGGGACUUUUUCUCUCAGCUGCUGCUAGUUGCCACGUUAUCAUCACGUAUAUAUACGAUUGGAAGAUAAAAAUUGUUUGUUUUCAAACAAUCUAAAAUGGAGUGAUGUGAUCGAGAUUCGUAACAUUCCAGAAUAACUUUUUAACAGCUGUAUCCGCUGGUGGUAGUGAUCAGCACAGGCGGCAUGGGAGAAAUAUUGCAAAUUCAAGUUGGUCGUUGUGGCAAUCGGAUCGGAGACAGCUUUUGGAAAACCAUAUCUAACGAACAUGGACUUGACGAGCAAGGUAAAUUUGCCGGUUAUUCAAAAGACGAGCAGUUGGAGCGCAUAAAUGUGUAUUACGAUGAAUCCAAAGAUGGAGUGUACGUGCCUCGCGCGGUGCUCGUGGACUCCGAUUCGACUUUGUUGAACACGAUCGGCGGGCGGCAGUGUGGCGGAAACGCGUACCGGAAGGAAAACUUUGUGGGGGGACAUGGCGGAACCGGAAGUAACUGGGCAAAGGGCUAUUACGGUGGCGGCGAGAUGUCGAGACGCGUUGCGGACGCGGUCCGGUCGGAAGCGGAGCGGUGCGAUCGGCUCCAAGGGUUCCAGUUGGUGCACUCGCUGGGUGGCGGAACUGGUUCCGGUCUGGGCGGACGCGUGCUGAAGAAUGUCCGAGCGUCGUACCCGAACCGGGCGGCACACACGUACAGCGUGGCGCCGUGGACGGCCGUGUCGGACGAGCCCGCCGAGUCGUACAACGCGUCGCUGUCCUUGGCCAGGCUGAUCGGCUGCUCGCGCGCCACGUAUCUGGCAGACAACCGGGCGCUGUUCGACGCGUGCUGCGGUGGUGCCGCGUCCGCUGCCCCCGCGUACGCAGAUCUCAACCACCUGGUGACGCAGAUCAUGUCUGGCACCACGACCGGGCUCCGGUUCUCCGGCCGGUUGAACGCCGACAUGAAAAAGUGCACCGCCAACCUGGUGCUGUAUCCGAGACAGCACUUCUUUUUGCCGGGAUUCGCGCCGCUCACGUUCCGCGGGCAAACGGACGCGUGCGCGUACACCGUUCCCGAGCUGGCCACGCACCUGUUCGAAGCGGUGCGGCUGCAGCGGCGUUGCGCCGACGCCGGUGCCGUCGCGGCCGUCGUGAUGGCCGCCGUCAUGACGUUUCGGGGCAGAAGUUUUGCGAUCGAACCACGCAGUGGCCACGUACCGCUGCAGCCUUGCACGGGGCGGACUACGGCCCCGGAACAUUGUUGGCUACCGGACAACCUCAAGACGGCCAUUUACGGUGUACCGUCGCACGGACUCAAGAGUAGCGGCACAGUGGUGGCCAAUACGACGGCGGUGCGGGACGUGUUCGAACGGUACUUCCGGCGGUCCGCGUCCAUGUUGGCCAAGCGGGAGCUGUUACACCUGUACAUGGAAGAGGGCAUGGAUUCCGACGAAUUCCGAGUCGCCCACGAACAGAUCGAAUCGCUGAUGGCCGAAUACUUGUCGAUCGAGCAGAUCAACUGCACCGGUGACGGUGACGACGUCGACGGCGACCACGAAGACGACUGCGGACAAUCGUCUACAAUUAUGGGCCUGCAGGCCACAACAUCGACGGUCGAUGGACUCGACCCGCCGAUGCUUUAGACGUAGUGUGGAAAUUAUAUAAAUUUUUUAUACCAACAACAAAAUAUUUCUUCGUUUAUUACAUAGACAAUCUGUAAAAUUCCGAUGGUUGUUAAUUAUAGUAAAUUGUUUACACCUAGCUGCAGCAGCUCGACGUCUACUACGUAUUUUCUCUUCAAUUCAAAAUUCUUGUAAAAUAAUAAUGAGAGGUUCAAUUUUUUUUUUUUUUAAGAAGAUAUAUACUUUGUUAAGGAGUAUCGAGUAUAUACCACCUAUCGUUAUAAGACUGGUACGUAUCGAAUUAUGUGUAUUAUGAUAGCAUUAUUAUUUGUGUAUUAUGACACCAUUAUUGGUGAUGUUGUCGUUGAGUCGUGGCCAAAAAUGGAAUAUAAGGCUCAAGGUUUAAGAAUAAAAGACAUAAAACGCACAUUAAAUGUAUUUUUCAAAGGUCUAUAAUAAUAUAAUAUAUUGUAUUCAAAUUAAAACAAAAAUGUAAUAUUAAUAAUGUCAUACAAGUAUUGGUACUAGACGACGAUUAGGUGUACAAUUAGGUAGGUAUUAAUAAUAAUAAUAAUAAAAUUGAAACUAUAAUAAUUAACUAAAAAACAUAUUAUGUACGUACACUUUAUUUUCAUGUAUUUAAUAAUAUUAUAAUUGACUAAAAGGGACUGGAGACGACUUAAAUACAAAGGGGUUGAUCUACGGUCAACCAUAAAAAAACUACGUAUUAUACCAGAUAAUAAGUAGACUUUAAAAUAUGUGAAGUGAAUCACAAUUUCUAGGUUACAAAAUAAUUAAACAUUGUUUUCACACGCACACACACACAUUUAAUUUAUAUUUAAUUUAAUUUUAAAACACUACAACUAUAACGUAAAAAUAGUAAUAAUGUAUAAUUAAUUAACAACACGGGUAUAUAUAUUAUAAUAUUCAACGAUUAUUAUAUUAUUGCACUACAAAAACACAGAUAGCAGCAUAAAUUAUUAUUUUGGUCUAUAUAUUCUUAACCUGCAUAUUAUUAUACAUCUAAUCGAACGAAA